AAGUGCUCCAGUGCGGGAGGAAGGUGGGGAGGAGGGCGCAGGCUGCGCAGGCACAGCUGCUGCUCUCAGCAGAAGAACCUUUCACCUGCUGGGAGCUGUCCUUCACAAGGCAGCACUGGGUUUUUUGGAUCCUGAAAAUGAACUUCGGGAGGAUUUUCCUAGUCAAGUGCUUGCUGCUUUUGUUUCCCAAUGCAAAAUGUACCAGUACCAUGAAUAUUUACAAGGCAGUGAAUGAGACAGCUCUGCUCAGUUUCACUGCUGAAAACAUGCACGAGACAAUAUGGAGCAAAAACAAUGAGAGGCUGCUUCAGAUAAAAGAUAAAAAAAUUAAAUAUUAUGUGGAGAAGACGCGGUGUAGGUGCAAGGUGCUCCUCAAUGGGACUCUCCGAAUAGAGCAGCUGGUGAAAGAAGACAGCGGGAUGUACAAGGUGUCUGCUUAUGACAAGAAUGGAGUGCUUAAGGCAGAUAAAACAAUAGUGCUCAUCAUUCUGGAGCCUGUUCCUCAGCCAAUCCUCAGCGCUGAAUGCAUUAAUAAAACCCUAUAUGUGAAAUGUGCAGUGAAGAAGAAGACUGAGGACCAAGUGUUUACAAUAGAAUUGACUCAAGAUAAAAUCAAUAAAUCCCAAACGAAUGUAACAGAGGUGGAAUUUACUACUCGACAUAGUGGGAGGUACAGAUGUAUUGUUAAGAACCAAGUCAGCAAAAAAACAACUGAAAAAGAACUCAAGUGCCCAGGCAAGCUGGACCUCUAUAUCAUCUCCUGCAUAGCAGGAGGCGCAGUAUUAUUUGUUGUCUUUGUGAUUAUGCUGAUUUAUUGCAUCAGGAAGAAAAAAGCAGAUAGGCUUGAAGAUGAUGAUGAGGAAAGGAUGAUGCAGACCCACCAGGUGGACACAGAGAUGGCGAUGCGGAAGCUCCCUCAACCACCAUCCAACCCUACCUCCCAGCAGACCCAUGUGCAGCAGAGGCCUCUGCCACAGCCCCGUGCACAGCAGCAAGCAGUGCCCCCACGGCCCAGGCCACGCACCCAGCUGCAGGCCCCAACCCAACUGAGAGAGAGGCACUAAGCACCUGGCUGGGGAGAUGGA